AUUUUGCAAUUUUUUUUUGUAAAUUCUAUAAAGUUAUUAUUGGCCGUUAAAUUUAAAAUGAUAACCAGAGUAGGGUCCUUAAUUUAUACAUAUGUAUUCAGAUCUCUUUUGUAGUUUUUGAUGCACACCUAUGAUGUUGAUUUAAGUCGUUUUAUCCUCAAAUAAUUGUACCUAUGAUAUAUGUACAACUAGUCCUUAUUCACUUCUUAGAGCUAAAAAGAAUACGAACCCGCUUUAGUUUAGGCUGCAUAAACUAAGGUCUAGGAAGCAGGGAGAAUCUCUACAUAGCAAAGUCCGGUUGACUAGAAAAUUCAGCAGUCUGAUUCAUAAGUCCUUUCUAUCUUUGUAAGUCAACUACUGCAUGUCUUUAUCUCUUGAACAACAUUUCUUACUUAAAUGCAUUGAUGUCGUUAUUCUUAGUGAUGGGACGCUUGUGAACUGUGGUAGCGUAACUUAAGCCUUAAGUCCUUGAACGAGGAGACUUAUGAAAAGGACUUGAAAAAAGAAGACUAGUAGUCGUGGACCAAUACAUAAGUCAACCAAAAGUCAUUGUAAGACUACUACAUCUUCUAAUGCACUAAGUAGUACUAUUCGAGUUAUGAAUGAUGCGGAGACGAACUUGGCGAGGAGUUUCAGUGCUGACACUCACUCAGGUUUAGACAUUCCGGAUCUAUACUUGUCAGAUGAAUGGAUGGAUGAUGAUCUUGCCUAUGCGGUUUCCGGAAUGAAUCAAUCUUAUACUUAUCAGACCAGUGAUGCUGCUGCUUUCUUCUCUGGUUCCUCUAGCAGUUUGGGUCAUCCUGAAUCUUCAAGUACCAACGGUUCUGCUGCUACAGCCACUGCUUCGGCCGAAAACCAAGUUAAGAAAGAAAAUAAGAAAGUUAAAGAGAGAGUGGCAUUCAAGACACAGUCUGAAGUUGAAGUGCUUGACGAUGGUUUCAAGUGGAGAAAGUAUGGGAAGAAGAUGGUGAAGAACAGCCCAAAUCCCAGAAACUACUACAAAUGUUCAACUGAUGGCUGUCCCGUGAAGAAAAGAGUUGAAAGAGAUAGAGAUGAUCCGAGCUUUGUGAUAACAACUUACGAGGGCUUCCACAAUCACUCAAGUAUGAACUAAGGUUCUUAAAGAGUUUCAUCGACUUUUUCAGUUUCCCCUAUGGCUUGCCAAGGCAACAUAAGUACAUAACAAUACGUGGUUUGAGAAAAGAUAGUGAAAACAAUGCUAUUCAGAGUAUUCACCUUGAGACUGAUUUAUUAUGUUUCUUAUCCUCACAUUGCUUCUAGUUCCUUAUAUAUUGAUAUGUGUGUUCACAGUUUAACAUGAUAUUCUGAAACUGUAGUA